UGGGUCUAUGCGCAGUCAGCUGCGUGUUUAACGCAAUGCUAGCGGUCUGCGUCACUUUGGACCACCGAGAGUCAACACGUCUUAUAAAAUUUGCAUUUUUUUAACGUACGCCAUUAUUAUAAGGCUCUCUGGUCUUCGUUGACAUCAAUGAAAAAGUUAUUAGUAAUAUUGUCAAACGUUUCGAGUCUCAAGAGGUUAGCAUUAGCUUGACGUGGGUAACAUAGCAACUGAGGUUAUCUAGAGUCUGUGUUUUUUUUUUUAUGUCAGUUUUUUAUGUACUUUAGAAAAUAUGCAUUUUAAGGAAUGCAUCGUAUCUGCUCCGGGAAAGGCAAUUCUUCACGGAGAGCACGCAGUUGUACACGGAAAGGUUGCGCUUGCCGUGAGUUUGAAUCUGAGGACAUACUUGAAGUUGAAAGCCACCAACACCGGUAAAGUUUGCGUCAACCUCCCAAACAUUGACACUUUCCUCUGCUGGGAUGUGUGCGAGUUGAAACGCCUGAUCCCGCCUUCGUGUGAACAGCCUGAGGAUGUAAAACGUCUCGACGCUGCAUUUGUGAAGAGAUUACGCAAAUUUGUUGGGGUAGCAAACGAAAACUCGGACACAAGCGACAUGGCCACCUUGGCGUUCCUCUACAUGUACCUCACCCUGUUUGCAUCGGGCGAGCCCCCAAGCUUGACGCUGUCCGUGUGGUCCGAGCUGCCGACCGGCGCGGGUCUGGGUUCGAGCGCAGCCUACUCGGUGUGCCUGGCGGCGGCCAUGCUGUGCGCGAGCGGCGCCAUUCCCGCUCCUCUCAAAGAGUGGGACUACACCGCCGGGUGGUGUCAGGAGGACCUGGAGCUGAUCAACAGCUGGGCCUUCCAAGGCGAGACGAUCAUCCACGGAAACCCUUCCGGAGUCGACAACGCGGUCGGGACGUGGGGAGGCAUGCUGAGGUUCUUGGCCGGGAGGAUAAUACCGCUGAGCAGGGUGCCGUUAUUAAGAAUCCUCCUCACCAACACUAAAGUGCCACGGAGCACAAAGGUUCUCGUUGCCAGGGUGAAGGACAAAAUUAACAAGUUUCCCGCCAUCCUGACCGCUGUGCUCGAAUCGCUCGACGGCGUUUCCUGCACUUGCGAGAAGGUCCUCUUGGAGAUGACCCGCGAGCCCAUCACAGGCGAGCACUACAACGUUUUAGAGGAGCUCAUUGAUAUCAACCAGCAUCAUUUAAAUGUGAUGGGGGUGGGACACCCUGCCCUGGACACCCUGUGUCGGGUCACGCUCGCCAGGGGCCUGCACAGCAAGCUGACGGGCGCAGGGGGAGGGGGCUGUGGCAUCACCCUUCUCAGACCAGAAACGGACUCUGCUGUAAUCCAGAGUACAAUCCAGGCCUUGAAGGACUGCGACUUUGACUGCUGGGAAACGAGUAUCGGCGGUCCCGGUGUCCAAGUGCAUUCCCCCAUAUCAGUGAAGGAAGAUGUUUUAGGGGUCUUAAACCGUUACUGAGACGCCGCCGCGGACGUGCAGGUGAAUUUACGAGACGUUGACAAGAUUCGAGGUACGGUCAAGCGCUGCAGUGAAUCAAAGAACGUUUGCCCACUCAACAAAAGUGGACUGAAUGUCAAAUUAUGCAUCUCAUUGACUGCUUAAUCGUGUAGAGCAAACUUUGUCCGCUUGGUGGCGAUAGAGUUCCACAAAUUCUUCUUUAAUGGAGAGCCCGUUGCUGAAGUUCAACGCCGAACUCUUGAUUGUAUAUUAACAAAAAUGAUUAUGAAAGUAACUAAUAUUUGACUUGUAUAUUUUCAGGUUUAGCUAAUAUAUCUUUUAGCACACAGUUUAGUGUAUAACUUUUAUUUUCCUUACAUUUCUCAACCUUUUUAAAAAAACUCUCACAGCUAUCCUGCCAAUGCUGUGCACGGAUCUGUUUGGAAUCUUCCCGAUUUGGGGGGGAAAAAGGUCAUUUUGGGAUUUUGAAUUUUUUUUCGAGUUUCCAUCUUUCCUCCCUGUAAAUGCCACGAAGAUUAAGUUGCGCGUUGGACACGAAUAAAGGACAUUUGUCACCCCCCCCCCUC